CUGUCGCAUAGCAACAAAAACAAUUAUGAAACAAAGAAAAGAAGAAUAUUUUACAAUCCAUUUUCUUAUUUAAUUAAUUUCAUCAUUUUAAAUUUAUUUAAAUCAUUGAUCCAUAUUUAGUUUUAGUUAUUAAUGCGUUAUUUUAAUCAUUCAUAAGAAACAUUUAUUUGGAACCUUUAUCUUUCAAAAAAUUUGUUACAAAUGCGGUCAUUUCUAGAUUAUAAUGGCCUUAAAGUGAGGAAAUGUUCCGCAUGAUUACCAAUCUGUGCUUUGUUUUUGGCGUUGUUUCUAAAAAUAGCUUGAAUUUCAUAAAAUUGACGAAAUGACACAGGAUGUGUCUUCUAAUUGUGUUUUAACCAAAAAAUGUGCCAAUGGGCUGUUGGAUACAGCUGAGGAUGGUGUUCCAUUCUGUGAAGACAGCUGUAAUGAAAUCAGUAUUAGAGAACAACUUUUAGCUGCUAAACAAAGUAUAACCUUUCUACAAAAUGAGCAUGCCAUUUUAUUAAAAGGUCUUCAUGAGGAAAUCGAAAGUCUACAAAAUCUUUGCAGAGAUCUUCAAUUUCGGUGUGAAGUUAUUGGAUGUAUUCUUCCUGAUAAUGAAUUUUUCAAAUGUAGUCCAAAAACUCUUGAGCAGAAGGUUGAGAAUUUAUUAAAAGAGAACACAGAACUAAGACGGAAGCUGAACGAAAGUCACCAAGCCAUUGACAUUCUUGACCAAAAAGAAAAGUUAGCAUUGUGGCAACACCACCAGGAACUGGAACAAAGAGACGAAACCAUACUUAGCCUCGAGAAAGAGUUGGAGGCCAAAUGCAACACCAUUACCCAGCUCACCUCAGCUCAAGGUGCAAGAAGAAAAAAGGGCAACUUCUGGCGCCGCUUCAGUUUCACCUCCUCUAACCAUCCUUCAACGUCCACUUCUGUGCCUCAUUCCAAAAUCCACCCUCCUCGCGUAGAGCAUUUGAGCAAAGAGGAUCUUCCAUCUGAAAUGCAAGGAUCACUCACAUCUUAUGAAUCUCAAUACCAGAGUUAUUCCUCAUAUUCUUCCCUCUCUGAUAAAAGUGUGUCUGACGAUGAAGGUCUAGGCCAUCACACUCAGGGGGAGUACAAGAAGAAACUUGCAUCUAAAACAACGGUCAAACUGCCGCCCAUCACUGGCCUGCCAACCGUUUCAAACCGCCAACUCGUGCGACAGCAGUUGAGAGUCCACGGAUACCCCAACCAAGUGGCAGCCGAUUCAUUGGCCAUCGAUCAAAUACAAUCACCCGAGAUGCCCCUUAAGAGGACGAAUAUGACUUGAUUUCUUUUGUGGGUAUUUAGUUCGAGUUUGAAAUUGAGAGAGUUUGUCAGCCCUACAAAUUGACACAAAGUUCUUAAUUUUGUACCCAAAGUUUCAUUUCUGUAUAGGUUUUGUGACUCGGUAAUUUAUUUAUUUAUUAUAUAGUUUUUAUGCAGAUAGCUUUUAUGACUUAAUAAUUUAUUCUUUUCAUUUUUAUGUACCGUUGUAUACUCUAUCUGCCAAGAAAUAUUUGGAUACUUACGAUAGAAAGUAAAACAAAAUUUUAUUCCUAUGCAAUCGUUUGUAAAUCUCCCACAAGAGCCGAUUAUAUGCGCAACUCAAGGAAGAAUACUCUCCACAAGUCCUAGCAUUAUGACUCUUGGUAUUUUCUUCCACUCAGUUUGAGGUAAUAUGUAAUCAACUUUUAGACUAUUGCACCCCUUCAUUUGGCAUGGUGAUCAAUCCAUUGGGUUAAUCCUAUUGUCUUCUUACCAGUCUAUGCUUAACCUCUCAAGAAUACAGCUGGCAUUUUUGUCCUUGAAGUAGCAUGGGUUUAACCUAUAAAACUGCUACAAUAUAGGACACACUCAGUCAUUUGAAGAAAAGGUCCACACCAAGAGAAAUACCCCCAGAUAACUAUUUUAUCUUGAUAAUGGGUGUCCAAAUACUUAUUGACAGAUUGUAUAUAUGCAUUGACUUUAGCAAUUUUUGGGCCUUACUCCCCUAUUGAUAAUCAGCAACUCUUUAUUGGUCCAGCAGUUUGGAACAUAAUGCAUAUGUAAAGCUUUUAUACUUGCACUGUUUAUGGUUAUUUGAAUGGGAGUGAGAACCACAAGCAUAAAGCUUUCAUUGGCCUAUAGCUGUUUAGUGUGAUGCAGGAGUGCUAGAUUUUGACACAAAAAACAGAAUUACUUAAGAAAAUAUGCUUCAUCUGUAGGAAAAAUUUUCUUUUAUAAAAUAUUUUACUUACUUUUUUAAAAAUCGUGUUGAAUGUUUUUCCCCCCUCUUAAGUGAAUAGCAUGUCACCCCUGUGUGCAGAAUACCUGUGACAUUGUUGUGGAACUUCAUAGAAUUCUUUCAGAAAGAUUUUUCAUUUGGGAAAUAAUAAAAUUUGGUUUUUUAUCUUCUGAAAUUUUGCAGAAUUUUGAGCUGAAUUUUUAAAAAAUAAGUAUUUAUUUUUUUUUUGCAGAAUUGUUUUCAAAAGAUUGUCUUCCCCGUGUACCGGAGACGAAGGAAACGCCCGUGAUCUUCCAUAGCCUUUAAUCUCAAUCGGAAUUCUUGCCUAGUUUCGCUAAUUUCAAUUUUUCGCAAAAUCUCGUUAAUAAGAUAUUUAUUCCUUCUCUAAAAGCAACUCUCCUCUUUUUUUUCUGCAUGCGCUCUCAAUCACGCACAUUGUUUUUUUUUUAAAAACUCAGAAUUGCAAGAGCAAGACAUAACUUUGAAAUUAAGAAAUUCCUUAGCGAUUUGGAGUGGCUUCAGAUAUAAUUUAAAAUUGAUAAUAUAAAAAGUAUUUUCAAAAUCACGGGAAUUUAAAAAAUAGUUCGCUCUAGAAAUGUUUGGGUUUUUUUUUUUAAUUUUCCAAUUAAAUAUGGCUGAGUCAGAUUUCCUUACAAAUUCAGAUGUGUAAAAUAACUAUUAAAUCAAUGUGGUAUAUUUGAUUUGUACCUCCUUCUAUUUGGCUGAAAUAAUUCAAUAUUUUUAACAUGAUAUUAUGGCAUGAAAAUUUCAAAUCACAUAUUUAAGUAAUUACUUCCACCAAUUCUUUCACUUAAAAUUGAUAACAUUUAAUUAAUAUCAUUUACUAUCUUUAUUUUAUUUGGUCAUGAGAUCCAAAUAUUUGUAAUGCUUGUUUAGGAAUAUAUCUAAGCAUUAUGAGUUCAAAAGGAAAGACUCGUUAAACUGAAAUUGGGUUGGUUACUGGGUUAUUCCCUAAAUGAAGUUGGGAUAAUUAGUGAAAGAAAAAUCUCAUUAAAUAUAGAUUGACUCAACUAAUUUGUUUUUUAAGUAUUUAGAUAAGUUUUAUAUUACUAUAUGGGAUUUUGUAUUCCCACUCUCUAAAAUAAAAUAGGGGUAAUUACUGAAAAAAAUUAUUUAUUCAACUUAUUGUUUAAUUAAUUAGCUAUGCUUUUCAAAGACAUUAUUUCAAUAAUGUUAUAAAAAAUAAUUUCGUGUAUUUCUUCGCAAUUUUAAAUAAUUACUUUUUUUAUACUUGCAAUUAUUUUGUAAUAGUAAUUUUAACUGCAUAAAUUACUGUACACAUUUAUACAUAAAAUGUAUUAUAAAACUAAAUAUAACUUAUUUACCUUUUAAUUGUGAGGUAGUGAUUCAAUAUGUUUAUUAAAAAAUUUUGCAUAAUAAAGUAAUAUUAUUGAAUAACUUAAUGUAAAGGAACAAUGCUUCUAGUUUUAAGUUUUGAAUUUGGAGAAGGAUUGUCCAGAUUCUUACUUUCCAUUUAUAACAAAAAUAGCUAAAAUGACAAAUUAAGAUAUACACAUACAAUUAGUGUUAUGGUUCAAAACAUUUUAAUGUAUCUUAAAUACCUCUAUCAAUAAAAUAAAUCAGAAUAAUAACUGCCCUUCAAUAAGAGAUAACUAAAUCAUUUACACACAUGUAAGUGCUGUUAUAAUAAUUUUAUGUUGAUGGCAUCAAAGGUUUCUUCUUUGUAACUUAUGGGCACCAUUUUAUCUGUCUAAUAAGAAUGUGCUGACAACAAUUUUAAACCAUUUUCUUUUCGUUUUAUAAAGAAAAAAAUAAUAAUUUUCUUUCUAAUAAUAAUUUUCUUUCAAAAUUAUAAGUUUAAGAAUAUAACAGACAUGAAAUAAUAUAUUCAAUUUUAUUUACUCUCAGUCAUGAACAGAAAACAUUUCAAUCAAUUUAAAUUUGUAGCUAUAAGCAUAUUUUUUAUGUUUUUAAUUCUUCUACUUGAUCACCAUACAUGUUCUCUAAAUGUGAAACAUUUUUAACCAAAGCAAAAUAAGUUGUGUGUAUUUUAUGUUUUUUUCAUAAAAUCUACUGAAAUUUUCUCCUUAUCAUGUUAGCAAGUGUCAAUGAUUUUUAUAAAUUAUAUAUUUAUACAUAGCUGCCAACUCUACUGGAUUUUGCCAUUUUCUCUUAGUCUACCGGUAUAAUAAAUAUUCUCCUGGUUUAGGACAUUUUAGAAUUGUGUAAAUUUUCGAAAAAAAAAAUCCCUUUUGGAAUAGAAUUAUUACGCAAUUUCUUACUUGUUUGAAUAUUUAAAUAAGUAUUGCUAAUACAUAAGGAAGCGAGCCUUACUUAUAAUAAUCAGUUUAAAGCUUUUCUUUUCCUUUGUUCUGAAAAUUUCAGUUUAUUUUUAUUCAAACUUUCUUUUUAAAUUAUAAAAUCUUUUAAAUAUCAGUAAUGAUUUACAUGUCUACUACUAUUUGAGAUUAGGAGUUAACAUUAUAAAAAAAAUAUUUCAAAUUCAUUUAAUGCCAAUCAUAAAUGGAAAAUAUUGCAGACCAUUUAUGAGUGUUAUGAUAUCAUUAGUUAUAGUAUUAAAGUUAAAAAGCUUAGUUAGUGUGUAAAAAAGUUUCUGUAUUUUGAUGACAAUAAAAAUCCCUAAAAUUCCCUCUAUGUAAAAUAUUUAGUAUAUUAUGCAACAGUUAUCAUGAAAUUUAUGUUAUUUUGUAAGCUCUACUGGAUUUUUCCUAUCCAUGUUGAUAGGUCAAUACAAUAUUCGUCAUUAUUUGUAAGUAAAAUAUGUUUUCUAAACUUAGGGCAUUAAGAGUUGAGAGGUCUGGUUUUCCCUUUAUUGGUUUGCUGAACAAAUGUGAUAGACAAAAGUUUGCGAUAUACUCAUUUUGUGUUUUCUUAAUGAUUUUAGAUUUCUUGUGAAAGAAUUUUGUUUUGCAUUUGAUAUUGUGAAGUGAAAAAACUGCUUUUAAAUAUGGCAAUGCAUUUCAACCUGUGAUCUUAUUGUGGUCCUGACAAAGUGUAUUAUUUUUUUAUAGUGGAAGAAUAAAUGUUUAUGACUUUUCUA